CUCAGCUCAUUCCUCUCGUACAUGACUCUUACUGAACACUAGCUUCAGUGAAUCGAUACUAUCUUGGAUAGGAGGCAAUAAAAUGGUCGCGUUGACGCCGCAAGCAAAAUAUGCUCCUGUCCCUCGCAAGGCGCUCAUCGACUACGACGAGUGUAUCCGCAUCGACGUUGGUUCCGGUGACGAGAUCCGGACAUUCCAGGUCCAUACCCCGCUCUUGACUCCGCGAUCCCUGUUUUUCAAAAAAGCUCUAUCUGGCAACUGGAAAGAGGCAGAGGAUCGAGUCGUCAAACUCCUAGACGAUAGUCCAUACAUCUUCGCGAUCUACACUCACUACCUCUACACGGGAAAAAUAGCAGUGACACCAGACGAUCGGUCUGACCUGAUCCAGGCCAUUGACGCCGAAUAUGAAGACCUUGCCCAAUUGUACGUCCUAGCAGAGAAACUACAAGACGCUGAAACCAAAAACGCGACUAUCAAAACGAUCUUGGAGGUAUGUCGCAGACAUGAGAUUGAUGGCAAAUACUACUAUCCAGACGGAGAUGCAGUAUGCAUCAUUUACAACGGCACUGUGACAGGGUCUCUUGCACGCAAAUUCAUGGUCGACAUCUUCAUAUGCAAGGCGACUGGAGAUUGGAUAGGACAAAAGACAUAUCCGGAGGAGUUCUUACGGGAGCUGUCGAUUCAGUUGCUCGACCAACGCGCUGCUCCCGAGAUAGAUUGGUUGUCAGACAGCUCGCAAUAUUUAGAGAGCACGGCCAUGUCAGAGGAACAGCGUGUGUUGGCCGAUCCGGGUGGAAUAUAAGGAACUGUACGGUGCCAUCUCGAGAAAUAUACAUCGUCUGGAUCUAUCAUUUCGUUUUCAACAGAAACCUACAAAAUAGUCCAGUAUAGGAGGUUAAAGUGCCCAAAUAGGCAGAUGUAGCAAACAGCGGCUCCUUGUACUUACCAUC